UUUUCUCCUCUUGACGGAGGGAGGGAGGGCUCAAGGCGCAUUCCUUCGCCCGCCGACGGAGAGGCUGCUGCGGAGCCUUUUGCUGCGGAAGGGCCGACGGAGGGAGACUCGCAACACAAGCGGCCUCCAUUGGAGCCUCUGCGUUCAAAAGCGAGGAGAAGCUGCAGAGAAGUCCCGGAGGAGGAAGGGACUCUUCGGAUGGUUGCGUUGGGCUGCGGGGCUCAACUUUUUGGGGCGAGAGAAAGAGAGACAGCGAGGAGACCUACCCACUCACGCGUGGGCCGGCGUUGGAGAGGCGCCGUGCUGCUUCUCCCUCCUGGCGAGAGACCAAACAGGUUUGACUUCUUCUCCUGCAAGACUCCUCCUGCUGCCGAGUGGGCGAUGCCUUCGGGGCCUUGAGUGGGAGAAGCCGCACCACUAGCACCAGCAGCACCAUCAGCAUCUUCUUCCUCCUCCCUUGGCCUCUUCCUCGUCCCCAAUGCCCAGGGCACCAGCCAUGGGCCUGUGGGGGCUGCUGGCCUUAUCCUGGAUGAUGCCCCAUGCCAGCCGUGGGCAGCCGGCCUCCUCUUCCUCCUCGCAGGGCGAGAAGGGCAUCUCAGUGCCGGACCACGGCUUCUGCCAGCCCAUCUCCAUCCCCUUGUGCACCGACAUCGCCUACAACCAGACCAUCCUGCCCAACCUGCUGGGCCACACCAGUCAGGAGGACGCCGGCCUGGAGGUGCACCAGUUCUACCCGCUGGUCAAGGUGCAGUGCUCCCCGGAGCUGCGCUUCUUCCUCUGCUCCAUGUACGCUCCCGUCUGCACCGUCCUGGAGCAAGCCAUCCCACCCUGCCGCUCCCUCUGCGAGAGGGCCCGUCAUGGCUGUGAGGCCCUCAUGAACAAGUUCGGCUUCCAGUGGCCUGAGCGGCUGCGCUGUGAAAACUUCCCCGUCCAUGGUGCCGGGGAGAUCUGUGUGGGACAGAACACCUCCGACACGUCCUCAUCCUCCGGGGGAGAAAGGCGAGGGGCAGGCGUUGCCCCAGGGAGCCCCGCCACUGCCUCGUACCCCACUGCACACCUGCCUGGGCCUCCUGCCCACCCGCUGCCUCCCACCACCGGCCACGCCGUCUUCGAAUUCUCCUGCCCCCGGCAGCUCAAGGUGCCCCCGUACCUAGGGUACCGCUUCCUGGGUGAGCGGGACUGCGGUGCCCCCUGCGAGCCCGAUCUACCCAACGUAGGGCUCAUGUACUUCAAGCAGGCCGAGGUCCGCUUUGCCCGCCUGCUGAUAGGCAUCUGGUCAGUGCUCUGCUGCGCUUCCACACUCUUCACCGUCUUGACUUACUUGGUGGAUAUGCGGCGCUUCAGCUACCCAGAACGGCCCAUCAUCUUCCUCUCAGGAUGCUACUUCAUGGUGGCCGUGGCCUACGUUGCCGGCUUCCUGCUGGAGGACCGGGUGGUGUGCGUGGAACGCUUCUCGGAGGACGGCUUCCGGACGGUGGUGCAGGGCACCAAGAAGGAGGGCUGCACCAUCCUCUUCAUGAUCCUCUACUUCUUUGGCAUGGCCAGCUCCAUCUGGUGGGUCAUCCUCUCUCUCACCUGGUUCCUCGCGGCCGGCAUGAAGUGGGGCCACGAGGCCAUCGAAGCCAACUCCCAGUACUUCCACUUGGCCGCCUGGGCUGUGCCGGCGAUCAAGACCAUCACCAUCCUGGCCAUGGGGCAGGUGGAUGGAGACGUCCUCAGUGGGGUGUGCUAUGUGGGCCUCUACAGCGUGGACGCCCUGCGGGGCUUCGUCCUGGCCCCGCUCUUCGUUUACCUCUUCAUUGGCACUUCCUUCCUGCUGGCCGGCUUCGUUUCCCUCUUCCGCAUCCGGACCAUCAUGAAGCAUGACGGCACCAAAACCGAGAAGCUGGAGAAGCUGAUGGUACGCAUUGGGGUCUUCAGCGUCCUCUACACCGUGCCGGCCACCAUUGUGCUGGCUUGCUACUUCUACGAGCAGGCCUUCCGGGACACCUGGGAGAAGACCUGGCUCUUGCAGAACUGCAAGAGCUACGCCAUCACUUGCCCCGCCGCCAACUUUGCCCCCAUGAGCCCCGACUUCACAGUCUUCCUCAUCAAGUACCUCAUGACCAUGAUUGUGGGCAUCACCACCGGCUUCUGGAUUUGGACUGGCAAGACCCUCCAGUCUUGGCGACGCUUCUACCACAGACUCAGCACCGGGAGCAAAGGGGAGACGGCAGUAUGAGGCCCAGGCCUAUCCGCCUAUAGUUUGCUGGCCCUUUCUCACACGGCUGCUCUUCCUUCUUGUGGCGAAGGCAUUACCUGAAGGAAAGAAGGAUGGUGGCUGUGAUGUGUGUGUUUGCAUACGUGCAAAAGGCUCCGUUGUUCCUUCACACUCUGCCUUUUCUUCUUUCCAAGGGAUGGUUGGAUUUCUACGUGCGGCAAACAUUCCAACUUGGUCUCUCUCUCUCUCUCCUUCUCUCUCUCUCUCUCUCUUCAAAUGUUUACCUUGCUAGCCAAGUUGAAGAGUGCAGAAUAAGUGUCCUUCUUAAGACUUUGCUCUUCAGAACAGGUCAGUUUCUGAUCCUGGGAGAAUUUCUUUACUUUUCUCUACCUGUUUCCCCCCCUGUACCCCGACCCCUUUUAGAAAGGAAAAAGAAAGACAAAUAACUGCAAGAGCUAUUCAAAGAGAAAUGCUGGAAUUACGCAGGGGAAGAAAAGUGAAGGUUUACAAACAAAGCCUUAAAACAAAAAUUAAGUCACAUUUGUGUCUAUGGGAUGGCAAGCCGAACCUUUGGUAGCUCAUCUCCCCCUUCUUCCCAAAAUAUAAACCCAAGAGGUGCUUUGUCUCCUUCCCAGCCCUCCGUACAAAAGGCAGAGAUGUAGCAGCUGCUCCAAAAAUGUCCCAGUCAGUAGCUAUGCUGGUUGGGAGGAUUUUGGGUAUUAUAAUGGGAGUAGGUGGUAGUCACAUAUGGACUACAGUUUUCAGAACAAAAAGGCCCUGCUGCCCAGAAAACUCCAGUUAAAAUAAUUAUGAUGGCAGCUCCAACCGGUGGCCAUUGGUUUCCGGGAGUUUCAUCCAGUAAGGUAACCCUUUUCCCAAGCUCUAGGACAAUCAAGGAGUAGAUCAGAGAUAACAGUCCAAAGUCACUUGUAGGAUUGCAUUGGGGCAGCUGUGGCCAAGGUCUUUAUUGGAAAGUUAGUUGGGUGGGCAAAGAUGGUGUGAAAAGGUGUUCCAGCAUCCAAAAAGGGAGCUUUUAAGCCAGAUCUGGCAGAGUCUUAUUCAAGUUGUAGCUGAGACAUCCUUUCUUUCAAGAUGUGUCUUCUGUUGUAACCAGGCAUCGCUUGUGGACAUGAGAAUUGUGGCCAACAAUUUAGGGACCAAACAUUGCUGCUAAGGUUUGCAUAGGAUGGUUUUUCUCAACUGUUUCUUAGGGUCCUUCCACACAGCCAUAUAACCAGAAUAACAAGGCAGAAAAUCCCACAAUAUCUGCUUUGAAAUUAGUCCACACUGCCAUAUAAUCCAGUCUAAAGCAGAUAAUGUGGGAUCUUAUUCAUCUGUGUGGAAGGGGCCUGAGAGAGAGCUCUUUGCUUCCUGAGAUAGAUGCACCUCCAGCCUUGAGUCCAGUUUCUGUCUUUUGGACAAUGUUGACUCCGACAGCAGCUCUCAUUUGAACCUCCUGGCAAGUUUUCCACUACAAAUUACUAUAUGGCUCUUCCCUUUUAAUUUCACGCUGUCAUAAAUAUGCUCGGUCUCUUGAGAGCCAGAGCACUCUUUGCGCAAGAUGCUAACUGCAAAAAUCCAAUCUUGUGUCUACUGUGAAGUUGAACCCAUUGAGUCCAAUAAGUGUAUAGGAUUGCACCCUUACCUCACGAGAGUAAAGGCAUAUUUGCUGAAUUCAGUGGGGUUUAAACUUCCCCGAGUCAACGGGCGUAGGCUCAAGCUGUGUUGUUGGGGAAUGUCCUCCAUUCAUUUUACGAGGUUCUUUUCUGUUUGAAUCCCCCUUUCUGCAAAAGGCUCUUGCUGGGGCUUUGGGGAGGGGACAGGGGUGUGGGGCCGAGGAGUGCUCUGAAAAAGAAGUGACAUGUUGAUUUUCGGGAGAAUGCUUUUUACUCUCCUCUCUUUUGUCCGAGGGGACAAAAGAGAAACAAAAGUGUGUUUCUCCGUGGCAGGGCAGAAGCAUGGGAUCAGUUUUUUUUAUGGGGGAACCGUAACAAAGCAUUGGUUGAGGUUCAGCUAGGUUGCUGCUAGGCUGCAUUGGCUUUGCAUUCCUUUUAUGAAAAUGGAGGGAAAGGGAAGGGAAGUUUUGCCAAGGUCUCUUGUUUAAGUCUGAGGAAAUCUGAGACACUCCCCUCCUCCUUUUCCUUCUCUCGCUCUCUCCCUCUUAUUUGGACUGCAGUUUUAAUUCAGAACACCUGAGAAAACAGCCAGCACUGAAAUAUGUAAAGCAGGGAUACAUGAUCCCCCCCCCCCCCAAAAAAAAGAAAAGUUCUGAUCACUACUCCUCCCUCCCAAGCAAGACAUAUAUGAUUCCCUUUGGAGACUGUAUUAAGGGAAGGGAGUGGAAACUGACUAAUUUCCCCUCCACAUCUGUAGGGCUCCAGAUCGGGAUUGUUUGCAGUUCAGCUUUUAAAAUUCCAUGCGUAAUGAAUGGAUUGCCAAAGUGCUUCAAGGGGCCCUUCCACACGGCCAUAUAACCCAGAAUAUCAAGGCAGACAAUCCCACAAUGUCUGCUUUGAACUGGGUUAUCUGAGUCCACACUGCCAUAUAUCCAAGUUCAAAGCAGAUCAUGUGGAUUUUACUUAGCUGUGUGGAAGGGGCCUAAGAUUAUUCUGGUUUGGGGCUAUUAUUCCGUUGGGAGACAAGAAAACAGUUCUAACUAUGUUUGCUCAAAGGAAGUUCCUAAAGUUUAUUCUUUAGGAAAUGUGUGUAAGGUUGCAAUCUUCGCUUUGGCCCCUUCUACACUGCCAUAUAAAAUCCAGAUGAUCUGCUUUGAACUGUAUUAUAUGUCAGUGUAGACUCAUGAUCCACUUCAAAGUCGAUAAUAUGGAUUAUCUGCUUUAAUAAUUUGGAUUACAGUAGAGUCUCACUUAAUGUGUUGUCGAAGGGUUGUUGUAUGUUUUCCGGGCUAUAUGGCCAUGUUCUAGAAGUAUUCUCUCCUGAUGUUUCGCCCACAUCUCUGGCAGGCAUCCUCAGAGGUUGUGAGGUAUGGAAAAACUAAGCCAGGAAGGUUUAUAUAUAUCUGUGGGAAGAACUCUUGCCAGUGUAAAUGUUCCAGUUAAUCACCAUGGCCAUACAGCCCGGAAAACAUACAACAACCCAGAGUCUCACUUAUCCAACAUUCGCUUAUCCAACAUUCUGGAUUAUCCAACGCAUUUUUGUAGUCAAUGUUUUCAAUACAUCGUGAUAUUUUGGUGCUAAAUUCGUAAAUUCAGUAAUUACUGCAUAGCAUUACUGCGUAUUGAACUACUUUUUCUGUCAAAUUUGUUGUAUAUAACAUGAUGUUUUGGUGCUUAAUUUGUAAAAUCAUAACCUAAUUUGAUGUUUAAUAGGCUUUUCCUUAAUCUCUCCUUAUUAUCCAACAUAUUCACUUAUCCAACGUUCUGCCGGCCCAUUUAUGUUGGUUAAGUGAGACUCUACUGUAUUUGGCAGCGUAGAAGGGCUUCUGUGUGCUUGACAUAAUCUAGUGCAAAGUUGUUUAUCUGCAAAAAUUGGGCUCUUUCAACACAGCUGAGUAAAAAAUCCCACAUUAUCUGCCUUGAACUGGAAUAUAUAUGGCAAGGUGGACUCAUAUAACCCUGUUCAAAUAAGAUAUUAUGGGAUUUUCUGCCUUCAUAUUCUGGGAUAUAGGGCUGUGUGCAAGAGCCCUGAUAUACUUGGAAUAAGUUCUGCUCGGGGAUAGUUUGGAAAUAGUAUACAUAGGAUACGCUCUUGUGUUCCAUGGAAAUCAGUGGGGUGAUAUUAGUCCUAAUUUCAGGAGCAUAAUCGUGCGCCCCUUAUACACUGCCCUAUAUCCCAGGGCCCUUCCACACAGCCAUAUAACCCAGAAUAUCAAGGCAGAAAAUCCCACAAUAUCUGCUUUGAAAUGGGUUAUCUGAGUCCACACUGCCGUAUAUAUUCCAGUUCAAAGCAGAAAAUGUGGGAUUUUAUUCAGCUGUGUGGAAGGGGCCUCAGACUAUAUCUGUCAGCUCCAGCUCCCCAUGCAGGGACAUGAGAAAAACCUCUCACAAGGAUGGUAAAAACAUCAAACAUCCAGGCAUCCCCUGGGCAACGUCCUUGCAGAUGGCUAAUUCUCUCAUACCGGAGAAUUGCAGUUUCUCAAGUUGCUCCUGACACAAAAAAGAAAAAUCUGGUAGGGGAGACAUAGCCCCCUUCUGCACUACCAGACAAUCCAAAUUAUCAAAGUGAAUAAUCCACAUUGUCUGCUUUGAACUGGAUUAUAUGAGUCCCCACUGCCAUAUAAUCCAGUUCAAAGCAGAUAAUCUGGAUUUUAUUUGGCAGUGUAGAAAGGGCCUCAUAUAAUCCAAUUCAUAGCAGAUAAUCUGGGAUCAGACCUGGGAUACAAGGACAGUGUACAAGGACCCUCAGGUCCACAAUUUAACACAUCCUGGAUUCUGCUCACACAGUGCUGUGCAGUGGAGAUGUGUAUGUGUGUAUCUCCCCAGAAGAAAGACUUACUCCUGAACUAGUGUAAGAUUGCAAUCUUUAGAAGUGGUAGGUUCAAGGUAACUUCUUUGCCUCAGUCCUAAAAUAUGCACUUCUUUAAAACAUCCAACAGCAAGCAGUCCAUCUUCCACUUCCACGGCCGUUUUAUUAAAUAUACUUCUGAAAGGAAACCAAACAAAAUGUUCCACAUCACCAGAGAUAAAAUCUUCCUCGGCGAGGGGCCCCCAGUUAAAGAAAUGCAGCUUCACUUCCAAAGGGUUUCGUAUUUCUUCCUGAAAUACAAAGCGAUUCCAUUUCCCUUCCUCUUAAUAAUGUUUUAACUGCAGGGGGGGGGGGGGUUGUUGUUUUUUUUUGCUUUUGAAAAAUAUCUGUGAACGUAAGAGGUUUGGCAUAUUUUUGCCCUAAAGACGAAUUGGAGAGUUGUGGGCUAUAAUGAGUCCUGGUUUUGUUCUUCCCUUCCUCCCAAGACUAAUGAUUUCCCUUUUCUUCUUUUUUAAUGAAUGGAGAUGAAGAUUUUUUUAAAAAAAGAACAAGACACUGAGCAGCCUUUGGUAAGGGAGAAAGAGAAGCCAUCAGAUGGGAAGGGUGUGAGUGUACCAUUUUUUGGGGUGAUAGAGCGAGAAAGAUGCUCUCCACUCAUUCUGCAGUACAUAUGAUCUCCUCGUUGCCUAAGGUCUUCGUUUGUUUGGGAGCUUUUUCAAGUAUGCACAAGACAAGCUGAAAGUGCAGUGUGUAUAUUUUGUAAAUCUGACAUUUUUGUAAGAAAAUAUAUAUGUAUUUAUGUUUUUACUUACUUUUUGGUUUUGCUUUUGGAAAGUCUGUGUAAGACUCAUCUUUUAUGUACAGAACACAAAAAAUAAAUGGAUUUUUAAUACAA